GAUUCUAUUGUGGAUGUUAUCAAAAGGGUAUUCGUUUGAUUGAUCAUUAAUGUGGGAGGGAUGUUUAUGAAAUUAGGUAAGAUGUAGGGGUCCGAAUACGAUACACACCACCUAUAUGUAUAAUACACCUUUCAAUCUCUCUCUCUCUCUCUCUCUCUCUCUCUCUUAAACAAUUGGACACAAAGUUCAGAGCAAUGGCAGCACCAACAGUGUCGUUUGUCUCGUGUUCUUGUUAAUCGAUUAUAUACCAAAAACCCCUUUAUUGUUAUUAUUAUUAUAAUCAAUCAUCUCUGUUUCGCUUUCUCUCUGUGUUGUAAUUCUUAAAGCAAUCAACAUGUUUUGCUUCUCUUAAACGUCAUACUCCUCUCUUUCUCUCUCUUUUUAGUGCUUUUUUCAGUGAGCACUAACUGAUUUGAGCUUAAAUCUCAUCUGGGUUCAUCUUAAUUAUGGAGAAAAAACAAGGGUUUUUUUCUACAUUGAAGGAGGAAGUAGUCAGAGGCUUGUCUCCGGGAAGGUCGAGGAAUAGAACACCGAAACCUGGCCGGAGCCGAAGCGGGUCUCCGAAUUCGGGUCUACUCAGGCGGAGGAAAGGUCACCAUGUGGCUCAAACCGAACCGAUUAUGUCAAGAUCCGGGAGCUUGAGACCAUUGGAAGCUCUGUCACCGCUCCGAGAAGGUCCGGAUCCGAAUGAGACGACGGUCGACGCCGCCGGAGAUUCCUCGAAAGUAGAGAGAUGGGGACACUGGAUGAAGGGCCAGUUAUGCCGUGCUCCGUCCGCUGCUACCAGUUCCGGUUCGGGUUCUGCAUCCUAUCAACGUUCGGAUCUGAGAUUGCUUCUUGGUGUCUUGGGUGCGCCGCUUGCACCAGUGCACGUUAGCAACGCCGAGCCCUUUCCUCACCUCAGCAUCAAAGACACCCCCAUUGAAACUUCUUCAGCACAAUACAUACUGCAACAGUACAUGGCGGCAUCCGGCGGUCAAAAGCUGCAGAACUCGAUUCACAACGCGUAUGCAAUGGGGAAAGUGAAGAUGUUGGCAUUUGAUAUAGAAACUGCAACAAAAGUGAUAAAAAACAGAAAUUCAUCAAAAACAGCAGAAUCUGGAGGUUUUGUGUUAUGGCAGAUGAACCCUGAUAUGUGGUAUGUGGAACUCGCACUCGGUGCUAGUAAGGUUCACGCCGGUUGUAAUGGGCGGCUCGUCUGGCGGCACACACCGUGGCUUGGUGCUCACGCCGCCAAAGGACCAGUCAGACCCUUGCGUCGCGCUCUUCAGGGUUUGGAUCCACGAACAACUGCAAGCAUGUUCACACACGCAAGAUGCACGGGAGAGAAAAAAAUCAACGAUGAAGAUUGCUUCAUCUUAAAGCUCUGUGCGGAUCCACACACGCUAAAAGCUCGAAGCGAGGGGCCUGCUGAAAUCAUCCGACAUGUGUUAUUCGGGUAUUUCAGCCAAAAAACGGGGCUCUUGAUCCACCUUGAAGACUCUCAUCUAACCCGGAUCCAAACGAAUGGUGGAGAUGCUGUUUAUUGGGAAACCACAAUCAAUUCGUUUUUGGAUGAUUAUAGACCUGUUGAAGGAAUCAUGAUUGCUCAUUCAGGAAGAUCGGUUGUGACUCUUUUUAGAUUUGGUGAAACAGCUAUGAGUCAUACAAAGACGAGAAUGGAAGAAGCUUGGAGUAUUGAAGAAGUUGCUUUUAAUGUUCCUGGGUUGUCGAUGGAUUGUUUUAUUCCUCCUGCUGAGUUGAGAUUUGGGAAUGUGAGUGAAGCGAGUGAGUUUGGACAGGAAGAUCGAGUCAAGACUGCUGCCAUGGCUGCUGCUGCUUAUAGGGCGAAAGUUGUGGCAUUGGAGAGAUCAAGGAGGGAGAUUUGAUUUGAUGGGAUAUUUGGUAGAGGAGGAGGGGUAGAAUGGGGAUUUCGUUUUACUUUUGGAAAGGAAUAGGAACUUGACUGAUCAUGAGCAAGUGUUAAUAUUUCUGGGGAUUAUUGUUAUGUUUUGAGCUUUUUUCUGUCAGUCAAGAGUUCAAAGGUCUCUCUUUCGAUUUCUCUCUUUGUGUAAAAUCUUGUUUGAAAGAUUGACAUUUGAUAUCAUCUUUGUACAAUACUUAUGCAAAGCAUAGUUAUUUUCAAGUUUUA